AUGAGAGUUGGGGAGGAUAAUGUGGUAAGCGAUGUUAGCAUAGGUGUCUUGAUGAUUGCAUAACUGAUAAUAUAAGUUACUUUGCUCAUUCUUACUAAUUGCUCAUUCUUAAUUUUAGGUAUGAAAUAAUUUUAAGGAUAUUAAAUUUCUGCUUAACAAGCAUGGUAUUUUAGGCGAUUCAAAUAGAUCAAGACGAUGACACCGCUUACCAUGAUGUGUAUAACGACACGGUGGAGAACGAUCCCUUCAAGAGCAGUAAAACGUCGCUUCAACAGUUGUUACCAUCUCCCGAUGAUGUCAAAUCGAUGAAGAGUUCUGUCCACGAAUCACUCAAGUCUGUGUAAGUUUAACUAGCUUUUUAUGGAUACAUUAUGAGUCGUUUUUUAAUUUGAUACACUUACAGAAAGUUUAUUGGAACAAAGUUUUUGGAAAAGAUAAAGAAUAUUGUGAUGGUGACAAAGUUAUGGUGGCUUACUGUAGCGUUUACUUUAUUGGGUGGCUAUAUAUUUAUGUGGCUAGAGACUCCAGCUGACUUGGAACAGAAGCGGCAACAGUUGGACGAGCAUCUUAUGUCAAGGGAUGUGUUCUUGUUCAAGUAAGUAUGUUUUAUAAAAUUUUAUUGUGAUCAAUUUAACCACGAUUUAUUGUGUGAUAUUUGUGAGAUAUUUGACUGCACUUAUAGUUUUUUUAGUAUAGAGAUGAUACACAACAGUUCGAGUCUUCAGAAGCGAAAUGAAUGGAAGAACGCUAUCAUGGAAUUCGAAAGGAGAAUCGGCUACACACUGCCAGAAGUUGAGACAUCAUGGACCUUCUGGAUGAGUGUGCUGUAUGCUGGCACUAUUUCUACGACAAUAGGUUUGUUUUUUGAAUAUCUAUCAUAAUUUAUUGGACGUUUGUGUAUUUAAUGCUGUAUUGGCAAGUUGUAUGUAUUGCCCAAGCUUUGUUAAAACUCUUAUUUUUUUAAGGUUCAAACAAUUGUAGGUUACGGUAACAUUGGAUGUAUAACAACUUCUGGUAGAAUAAUGACUAUAUUCUACGCGAUUUUGGGUAUUCCAUUGUUUGUUGUUAUCCUUGACAAGAUUGGAGCUGCUCAGUUGUCGUUGUUGAAGGCUAUCAACUACGCAGUAGAAGACUUUUUGUUUUUUAUAUGUGAGUUACCAAUAUUGCAUGUUAAUGCAUACUAUAGCAUAUUAUUUUUUAAAUAUAGUAGUGUUUUACAAUAUAAUUGUGGAACUAUUGUUCAAUUCUUAUGUACUAAUUUAAUUUCCAGACAUUCGCAUGCGUUUUCCUCAGCAAUUGGAGCCAGAAAAGCGACGACGCUACAAAAAGUUAUCUGUAAAAUACGCGAAUUAUGGUUUAUUCAACUACAAGGUGCCUCUGAAGUUGAUUACGCAGCAGGAAAGUGUAGAAGCUGUAGAAGAAAGGAGGAUCGGUCCAAAAGAUGUGGGAUCAAUGUAUGUUAAGAGUGCAGUUCGACCAUUGGAUGACAUAACAGAGAUAGACGAGGAAUUCGUGGAAGUUGACAAUCACGAGUUCAAACAUGUUACAAUACAGGACACACAAAAUGUAAUUGUUACUUUAUUUAGAAAAUGAUAUAAUAAUACAGUAAAUGUCAUCAUUAUACUUAUAUAUAUUUUUUUAUGACAAUUUAGGUAUCAACGCCAGAAAGACCACGCCCAUUACCACGACAAGUGUCGAUUGAAACUGGACCAUCUAGAAGGUCUUCAGAACUCUCUCAAGGGCUAAGUAUUAUGUCAGAUCAAUCAGGGACAAUAGAAAGCCAAGUACAACAAGAAGAGCAUAUUUGCGAAGAGAUUGUGGAAACAGAAGAGACGGUAGAAAAGACAGAAGAAGAGGAAGAAGAAGACCGUGAUCCUCCAGUAGCUGCAGCCUUGGUUCUUACUGUAGGGCAUAUCACUGCAUUUGCAGCGAUCUUUUGUUUGUGGGAGGAGUGGGACUACUUUACAUCGUUCUACUUUUUGUUCAUAUCUCUUAGUACUAUUGGUAAGUGGUACUUAUGGUGAGGAUAGAAUUUAUUAUGGGUGAUUUUAAAUGUUAUAUUAUGUUAGGGGUUAAGCAUAUUAUGUUUGUUUAUAGUAUAAUAUCUUUUUACAGGUUUUGGCGAUGUAACUCCUGCUUAUCCAGAGUAUAUGGUUGGUACUUUCUUUGUGGUACUGAUCGGUCUGGCUUUAGUAACUGUAUGCAUUAAUGUGGUACAAGAAAAGAUUACUAUAAUGUAUAUGCGAGUCUUGACUAGGAUGUUAGAUGUGGGUUUUUUUACUUAUUAUUAUAUUGCUUUAGUAUCUAUUUUUUAAUUUUUAUAGUAUAUUGUAAUUUGGUUUAGCAAUACAUAAAAGCCCAAGAAAGUGGAGAUCCAGAAGCUUUGAAAGGAUUCGUGGAAGGAUUCAACAGUAACGCCAAGUUCCUGAUGCCGUUGUUGAGCAAGAACGAGAGUGCCAAAGUAAUGAAGAAGUUCAGACAGACGGCAAAAGACAAGGGAGUCAGUCUGCCAUCUGCUCUGACUGAAAUCGACCCCCAAACAGGACAAUUCUCAUUUUGCAAUCAGAAGAGCGACGACAUUGAUGGAUUCAUCGAGAAGAAGCGACAAGAAGCUCAGAAUGUGAUCAACACUUCCGUCUACAAGAGAAACACUUGUGGUACUCAGACAAACUUCCACAACAAGGCCAAGAAGGUACAGACCACGGUGCCUGAAUGGCUACUGGUCAGUUACAGUUAUGGAGCUCAGUUUUCGGCCGAAUUGAGCGACAGCGGGAAUCAGACGGACACGGAUAGUGUGGACUCUGGAUGUCAGGUAAGUGGUGAUAUUUGAUGGUCAGGACGAUUAUUGGCUAUGAAGCAUUUUUAUUAUAUUGUUUUAGUGUGAAGUCGACGUUGAAUCAACAAGUGCUCAGUUUGAUGCAGAUUUACUUGGCAUAGUCGACUGUGCAACAACUAUGGGCGUUGAGUAAGUGCAACAUUAUUAUCUUUUUUAUUAUAACAACCAAUGUUUACAUUUUAGGUACGCCGACUCUUCUAUUCAACCAGAAGUGUCAUUUAUUCGUCAGUUACUGGAGCAAGAUUCGGAUGGAUCGUGGGAAAUGUCAGAAACCGACAGUGACGACAAUACUACGGGACACAAUGAAUUGCCAGAACGACGGCGACGGGUUAGGGAAGGUUUUCAGAAGAAGUUAUCGCGGGAUGAUGGACUUAAGCGACGAGAAUCACGCGAUAAAUUGAGGUUUAUGAAGAGUAGAAAUGUACAGGUACUUUCAUCGGCCCAAAAUUUUUUAUGUUGCCUAAUCUACAAAUUAUUUAAGGUUAAAUUUUUAGACAGAAUUUGAACAAACAUCAACAGAAUGUCAAGCGGGACCGUCCACGUUCACAGGAUACACAUCUUCCGAAACCAUGGAUCUGAUCAUUAAGAAAGACGCUGAAACUCAACCAGACCUCACGAGAACCAAGAACAACUACACUCAAGUUAAGUACAAGGUCAAGCACGCUGAGAUCCAGAAUUAUGUCAUGGAUGAGUUCCUCUUUGAUACUGAUACUCAGACAGAUACUGUGAUGAUGGAUUCGGACACUCAAGUAGAGCUGCAGUCGGCAGAUCAAGUGAUUCAGACUGACGUUGAGGUGAAGGCAGAGGAAGUUCAAACUGAGAUCGUGGAGUUCGCUAACAUCAAGGCAAUUCGAGAUGGACUAACUCAAACUGACACUGUUUUUGUUAAUAAGAAGGCUCAGACAGCGUUAACGUACACGUUGAAGAACAUCGAUGAGUUUGAAAAACAGAAAAAGGUAAAAAUAUAUUUUCUGUCAAAAGAUGGACAAGUUAUACGAUGAAAAGUUUCUGUCUAAACUAAUAUUAUAUAAUUAUUUACGCAACCUAAAAAUGUCUUUUUAUGUAAAUUUUGUUGUUUUAGAAAGAAUAUGAAAACGCAAAGUCAAAGUUCGAGCGUCUAAAACAACGUCGCGGGGAGUUUGGUGGGAAACAGCUGAAUACCGUGAGGUUGGAUGCUUCAGAAUUAGAAGUCCUGAAGUCAAAGUUGUUCAAGAUACGACUGGAACAUGCCAAAAAACAAAAAAUGGAGAAUGAACCGAUAGAAUUUGAUGUCAAUGGGGUAAAUUAAUGUUCUAACGUUAACAUAACCAUGAAAAGAUAAAAUCGGUUAAAAAGUAUAAAGUAGCAUUGUUAUCACAAACAAUUUUUCAGGAAGUGCAAAAACUUCUGGAUCUUCUACAGAAUCUUCGCGUAGCUGACGGUGAAUUGGACAAAGAUGAGAUAAGAAAGAUUCUGGAAGAGAGCCAUUUUCCGCUGGAAUUAAUCGAAAAAGACUUUGAUUUCGACAGAUUAGUCAAGUUGCUGGAAGAAGAAAGCCAGCAAGGGGAUGACAGCGACGCCGAGCUGUUGGACGAUGACGUUCUGGUCUUCAUGAAGUCAACGGAGUGUCAGACCAACACUUUGGGACUGCAAAUGGUUGAUGUUGAGGUAGUUUAAUUUGAUUUAUGUUUUGAUACUUAUUUUCACGUUAUUUAAAGUUUUAUGGCAUUGUAAAUGGUUUAUUGGAUAUAUUGUGUUAAUUCAGUUGAUGGCUAAAGAUAUGGUAAAAGAUUCUGAAGGGCAGACUGUUAUAUCAAUGGCUGAAAUGCAAGAAAAGGGAACACAACCUGAUAACAACACUUCUGAAGUCGGAGUUCAACAUCAGCCUGACACUAAAGAUGCUUUUGUAAGGGUUUUUAAAUAUAAUAUUCUAAAAUGUAUCUAUAAUGACUAAAGAUAUAUAGAUUAUGGGAGUCAAAGUCUUCCUGCUUUAGGUUAUUGCAAAACCAUCAACCGCACUGAUGCACUCACAAACUGUAAUGUCAAUGGCAACUCAAAAGGAAAAAGAAGUUCAAAGUCAAGUGGCAGUAAACGAAAGUGUGUCACAAACAGAGUUACAAUACAGUAAUAUUGCGUUAGAUCCUAUUUUAGAAGUUAUUAAAAGGGUAAGUUGUUUAUCAUGUUAUUAUUAUUAAAUCUUGUUCAGAAUAAACCUGUAGUGAGUGCACAAGAUACUCAAACAGCAAUAGAAAUUGGCGAUAGUAUGGUACAAACUGAACGAAAUGGAAUUGAAAAGGUAGGUGUACAUAAACUAUUGAUGAAUUUAGUUGGUUGUAUAAUCUAAUUUUAACAUAUCGUGUUUUACAUUUUUUACAGGACGCUCAAGUUUCUGUAGAAACAGCUACAGUAUCUAUUGACGCUGUUCAAGAGUACAAAACAGCGUCAACGUCAGUAGAUGUAGCUUACAGGGAUUCUGAAUGUCAGUGGGCUCAAAACACGACGGAGAAUGAGGUUCAAACUUCUGUAGUUCUACAGGAUUGGGCAGUACAAGCAACCGUAACAACUUCUGAGAAAUCUGAACAGAAUUUGAUUGAAUUUGCUGAGAGUGCUACACAAUCUAUGGUGUCUUCUAUGAAGAAAAUGAACAAAGAAAACGAUAAAGAUAAAGAAGAGGCAAAGGAUGAACAACAAAAUGUACAAGAAGACGUGUACUAUCCAGUCGAUCAAGAAGUGCAAUACGAAGAACCUAGAAGGUUUGUUGAUACUGGAAGUAAUGCUUUGGUAUCAAUGUUUAAGCGACCAGAUGAUCAGCAACAAGCUAAAGAAGGCAUCGAAGGAUCGUCAUAUAAAGUAGAAGCUGACGAUGUCUACUUAUCUCUUGUAGCUUCAGAAGAUGAGGAAUAUUAUUUGAUGGACAGCUACACGCAGCACGAUACUGAACUCGCAGACACGGCGACAAUGCCUAUUGUGUCUAUGUUUAAAAUGAAAGAACGCCAAGGUGAGGAAGAGAAUGGUGCAGAUGGAGAUCAAGAAGAUGUUUUACAUCCAAAAGAUACUGGAGUACAACAUGACAGAGAGAUGGAGGACUACAUGAUAGACAAAGCGAUUCAACCGAAUGUUUCUAUGUUUAAAGCAGUUCAGAAGAAGGUUUCAGUAGGAGAUGUUGAAGAAGACGAAUUGGAGUUUAUGACAGACGACUUUACUCAAGUUGAAGUCAAGUGUAAGCUUUUAAGGUUUAAAGGUAUUUCAAAUAGUAUAAUUACAAUAAAGUUGAAGAAUUAUAAUUUUUAAAUGAACUUUAAACGUGAUUUUAGGGUCAACUGUUGCUGUCGGAAGUGAAGUUGAAUAUUUGAAUAAAGAAGUUGCUGCAAUUGCUGAAACAACGGCAGCCGGUUGUCAGUCAGAUAUAGAUGUAGAAGAUGUACAAACACAAUUCAAUCCUACAACUUCUGACGCCUUUACCUUUCCCAAUGUAUCUAUGUUUAAGAUAUCAGAAGAAAUGUCAGAUAGUUAUAUGCAACAACUCAACGUCACGGAUACUCAGUUCUUACAAGACUGCGGAUGUCAGUAUGAUGCACAAUACGAUGGUAAGGUGGACAAGGAGAGCCAGCAUACUGUAGAAUUUGUGGAUGAAAGAGUAGGAGAUCACUACGAUGUGAAGGAUAAUGGGGUACAGUCGCUGUUGUCUAUGUUCAAGAUCAACAUGAAUGAGUAUGUGAAGAGACGAGAGAGUGCAGAGAAAGAGGAUGGUCAAGGUGGUCAGGACAAGGAGGUAAGGAGACUACCUUGAGAUGUAGAGUAAAUUUUGACAAAAUAAUAUAGUGAUACUGGUGUAUGUCUAAUCUAAUUUCAGGUUGAAGAAGUCAACUUCUUGAUAGAUGCUUCAACUGAACAUGACUACACCGUGUUGUCAUCAGAAGCCGGAACUCAAUUGUCGUACACAAUGACUGCUACAGAACAACAAACAGUAUAUUCUGGUACUAUAGUAAGUAGUAAGACAUAUUUUGCCAGUCAAUUGAUUUUUUGUUUAUCUAAUGAUGUUAUACUUGUUUGUUGAUAAUACCAUUGUGAUUGCACAGGUUGAUGCCGAGACAACGCACGAUACUCAUUUUGUGAAUCUUUCUGACCAAACCAGUUUUUGUUCUUGUACAUUACCGCGACAUGUUCAUGAAGAAAGCAAUCUUAAAGUUGUUGAAGUGGCGAGGAAACAGUUGCCGGAGAAAGUUGCCAAGACCUUUAGUAAGAAGGUACAAGCGACAACACAUAUAGAUGACAAAUGUGUUGGAGAAGUGGUAGAAAGAGCACCAUUUGGGUGUCAGAUGAGUGCUAAGUUGCAUGAAUGGGGAGUUCAGGUGAGUAUUAAUUACUGGUCUAUUAAAAAUAUUACUUAUAGUCUCUAAUAUGACUUUUAUACUGGUAUACUGUAUAUUCCAAGUAACAUCUUUUUUAGUACGAAUACUUGAACACCCAUGCCCAGUACGUACAGACUGAACACUACACUCGUACCAUAGAAUCUCAAAUGACAGUAGAACAAUCGAACUCUUCAGUUCAGACAGUUCAAAGGAAGCCGCCGCUUAAAAAUUCGAAAAAUAUUCAAACUGACGUCGUUCAGUCUGAAGUCAACGCUGAUGUCUACGUAACUCUGCAUGGUAAACCUGCUACUGGUUAUGCGGCUACUACUAGGCUGAACAAACAUAUUCAGAAGGUUAAAAAAGUGAUAAGAAGUCGGCGGUCGGAAGAGAUUCAGACGGAUUCUGUCGCUGAAGUUGUUGUGAUGGAGCACGAAGUAAAGGCGACUUCUGAUGCUGAAGUUCAAGUUAGUAUAAGCAAAGACCUAGUCGAGUAUUGUGUUAGUCAAACAUUUAGAAAGCCUAUCAAGAUAAUGAGGGUUAGUAAGGUGCUGAAGGAUACUGUAACAACUAGAGUUGAGAAGAAUUUAAGUAUUGUCAAGAAAGGCGACAUUAAACGAAUGAAAAUUGAAAGUAAAACAGAGAGGGUGUCUACAGUUACAGCUUCUACAGAAACUACUGAUUUAUUGUCAGAACCGGUCAAGAAGUCUAGGCUGAUAAAGCGACGACCUCUAGGCUUAAGAAAGGAGAUUGGAACUCAAACACAUCAGAAACCUUACGUAUCGUUGACGAUGAAUGCAGAGUUACGGUGUCUUGAUGAUGCACUUGACGUCACGGUGACUGUACCUGGUAAAGCUGCUGAAUUCGCUCAGAAAACUAUAAGAUUACAUUCGAAGCGACAAAACAUAAAGGCUACAACAAUAUUAGCAUCGAAAGAAUGUCAGACGACAUUCGAAGAAGUGAAGGUCAAGAAGAGGUCAGAAGGAUGUCAGACGGAGAUACAAGAGACAGUCAAGCUGAGAAAGGUCUGGACUAUCAUCUGAUUGAAGUGUAAACUUAUUUCUUUUUACUAACCCUGCUAUUCCAAAAUAGUUUGUCACACGCUAUGUUUUGUAAUAUUUUCGAAGUUAUAUUUUGCGACAUUUCAGAUGGCGAUGUAUCAAUCAUAUAACGCCGACAACACAGCCGAGGUGUCUACACAAACUGGAGUGCUGGCUAGACUGGCAACACAGUAUCGAGAGGGUACUCAAGUGAAGGUAUAACAGUAUCUAGUAAAAACUGAAAUUAUGAGUUAAAAAAGCGUAAUAGUACUACUUUAACACAAAAUAUUGUUUUAGCCUGAAUCUCCGAAGUCAAAGAAGCGAUGA